AAAUUGCCCACAUUGCUUUUUGUAUGAUACUUUUAUUUUGGCAUAUAAGCGGCGAAGCGACGAAAUCGGUCUCUCCCUCUCUCUUCUUCUCCUUUCAGAGGAUUUUCUGAAAAGACGCUCCAAACAAAUCCCAUUCUCUCUCCUGGUUCUUCCUUUUGCAAUCUUCCCAGACUUGACAGCCUUAUCUUCAUGAAUUCAAGAACUAUUGAAGCAUCCGUAGUUUCCUGUAAAUCGGGAAACAAGAACAACGACCUCUGCUUCCUUUGGAUUUUGCUUUGCUUACUGCCAAAGUUCUUGGGGACUCCUUUUGCAUACGUGAACUUCCUAUUGAUUCAGGCCAUUGACAGGAGUCCUUCUGCAGUGUGGGUUUUGGGGGUUUCUGGAGAGGUUAAUCCAUAAAAGGGAUUAACUUGGCCAUCCUUUCUUCAAUUUUUAUCUUUUAUACCUGGGACCAUGGUGUCCUCUCAGCUUUCUGGUUUGACUGAGACCCAAACGUGUAAACCAUUUCAGUCCCAACUGCUUUUUCCUCUGAGCCCAACAGAUGCUGUAGUUUCAGAUAAUCUUGAGCUAGAUUUCUCUGAUGUAUUUGGUCCUGUACCAGUUCAGGCCCCUGUAGAAGUGAAUUUUGGUGAUUCAGCACUUUCUGUCUCUGUUGAAGAUGCAAAUGAGCUCGUUUAUGACGAUCCUGUAGUAAUUCACAACCGUUCACAUUCUUUGGUUGGCCCCUCAUCUUUUGUAAGCCAAUCCUUGAAGCUCAGCAAGCUCACCAUACAAGAGACAGAUGAUCCAGAGGAAAUGGCAAUCUGUGCUGAAAUGGAUACCAUUGUAAAACUUGAUGAUGGUGCCUAUGAGGAAUCUCUUGAAGACAUUGAUGCAGUUUCCAUGAAAAUCCAAUCUGUAGGCAUUGAGGAUUUUGAGGUUUUGAAGGUUGUUGGACAGGGUGCAUUUGCAAAAGUAUUUCAGGUGAGGAAAAAGGGGACGUCAGAAAUUUAUGCAAUGAAGGUCAUGCGGAAGGACAAGAUAAUGGAGAAGAAUCAUGCUGGAUACAUGAAAGCUGAGAGGGAUAUUUUAACUAAAAUAGAUCACCCCUUCAUUGUCCAGCUUAGAUACUCAUUCCAGACCAAAUAUAGACUCUAUCUUGUGCUGGAUUUUGUUAAUGGGGGUCACCUUUUUUUUCAGCUCUACCACCAUGGUCUUUUUAGAGAGGAUCUAGCACGUAUAUAUGCAGCUGAGAUUGUUUCAGCAGUUUCCCACCUUCAUGCAAGUGGCAUAAUGCAUAGAGACCUUAAACCUGAAAAUAUCUUAUUGGAUGCAGAUGGCCACGCCAUGUUGACUGAUUUUGGUCUCGCGAAGCGAUUUGAAGAGAAUACGAGAUCCAAUUCCAUGUGUGGAACUGUUGAAUACAUGUCACCUGAGAUAGUUCUUGGAAAGGGCCAUGAUAAGGCUGCAGACUGGUGGAGUGUGGGAGUCCUAUUGUUUGAGAUGCUUACUGGAAAGCCUCCUUUUACUGGAAACCGGGAGAAAAUUCAGCAGAAGAUAGUAAAGGAUAAGAUAAAGUUGCCAGCAUAUUUGUCAAGUGAAGCACAUUCUCUGCUGAAAGGGCUUCUUCAAAAAGAUGCAACUAAACGCCUAGGCUCUGGAAAAAUGGGAAGUGAGGAAAUCAAGCGCCACAAAUGGUUCAAGCCAAUCAAUUGGAAGAAAUUGGAGGCUCGGCAAAUCCAACCAAGUUUCCGUCCUGAAGUCGCCGGGAAACAGUGUGUUGCUAACUUUGAGAAGCACUGGACUGACAUGCCUGUGGUUGAUUCUCCUGUUGCUAGCCCAAAUGCUUUUGGAAACAACCCCUUCACCGGAUUUUCUUAUGUGAGGCCUCCAGCCUCUUUUCUUCAGAUGGAUGGCUCCAUCUCCUAGAAUAUUUUAUUUAUAGUUAUUUUUCUUGCUUUGCUUUGAACGCAGUGAUAGUGUAUGGAGGAGGCUCUUGAAGCUUCGACACUCAUAAGGGAUUUUUAUUAAUAAUAUAUAUCAUAAUAUAUUUCUAUGAAAA